AACAUUGCAAUAUAUUGGCCGCUGCAGUAGUAAGAGGCAUAUGUGUCUUGAACGUGAUAUUAUUUUCGGAAGUCAUUGUGAAGAUGUCUGGACGCGGAAAAGGUGCCGGUAAAGCCAGAGCUAAGGCCAAGAGCCGCUCUUCCAGGGCUGGAUUGCAGUUUCCCGUGGGCCGUGUGCACAGGCUGCUCAGGAAAGGAAACUACGCUGAGCGCGUUGGUGCUGGAGCCCCCGUUUAUCUAGCCGCAGUGCUUGAGUACUUGACCGCUGAGAUCUUGGAGUUGGCCGGGAACGCUGCACGGGACAAUAAGAAGACCCGUAUCAUCCCCCGCCACCUGCAGCUGGCCGUCCGCAAUGACGAGGAGCUCAACAAGCUGUUGGGAGGAGUGACCAUCGCCCAGGGAGGCGUGCUGCCCAACAUCCAGGCCGUGCUUCUGCCCAAGAAGACCGAGAAGGCCAAGUAAAUCUGCUUCUCCAAACCAACCAAACAACGGCUCUUUUAAGAGCCACCCACUCGUAACAGAGCAUAAUUUUCUAGUCUUGUAUUACAUGUGGGGCAUUUUCAUGUUUAUUUCAGGUUUAAAUUGAUCUUCAACAGGAAUGCAUUCUGUUAAAAUUUCUCUGCAGCAGACAUACGAAGUCUCUGUUGUUGUUCGCACCCCAAGGGCAGAUUAUACACAUGAUUGUUAUCAAGUACCUGUACCUGAGGUUCUCCUGAUAUUGAGUGGAAUGCUAACUGUAGGCACAGCUCUGUUUAGAGCAUCGUUUAAAUUAGACUUUAAUCUGAGAUUUUAUUUAAAACAAUCUGACCAUAAAGGACAGGGUAAGAAGUCAUGAGUUUCUCAGUUCACCUUUUUGUUGAAAAUCUAAACGGGUUCAGACUAAUCAUAGCCUCGUGAAUUGUGCUCUUUAAAUCUAUUUUGUAUUGAGUUUUCAGACAAACCAUGAAGACACACACAUUAUAGACAUAGAGCACCCCACCAUGUUACUGCAAAUAGUGUCUAUGUGUGUGAGAGAGAGAGAAGGAUCUCGUGCUCUCUGCUGGGCCACAUGGAACUCACAGCUCUGCCCUUGAGUGUUUUUCAUCAACAUGAACUUGAGCAUUAAGAUCAAAAGUAAAGCGCAUUUGCUAAAUGUGAAUAUUUUAGGCUGAGCUCCGGAGCUGAAGAAUGAAAAGGACACAGGAAGUCAAAGACAGAGAAGUCGACUUCAAGUUGAGUCCAAGUCUACUGUUCAAGUCCUGUUUACACAAAAUUACAAAAUGAAAAUGUAUAUUUUCAAAUAAUCUAUGCUUUUCCUACAAAAAGAGAACUGGAAUGUGUCUCUUCUCUGUUUGCUAUCUCUGACCAGGAUGUUUUAAGUAGGAUAAAGUCGUGGGACUAUUUUUAAUACUGUGUAUUUUCGCAUUCUGGGUAAAGAUUAGAGAGGACCAAAAAAAUAAAAAGGCAAAGCAGAGAGCGGUAUGCAAUUUGACCAAUCAGCUUUGAGGAACGGCGCAGUCUCUUUACAUGGGGUGGAUAUAAA